AUGGCGAUCAGCACGAACGACGACAAGCAGGUCAAGCUGCACGAAAGCCCAACUUCCUCUGACGGGGACCAAUCUUCUCAGAACGAGAUCAUCGCCCAGGAGCCAAAGAGGACAUGGCGCUCCAACCUUUGGGAUACCUGGGAUAAGCCCCCAGAGGAGCGCCGUUUUCUCUUUAAGCUCGAUGCGGUCGUCUUGACGUUCGCCUCACUAGGAUAUUUCAUCAAGUAUCUCGACCAGGUCAAUGUCGCCAACGCGUACGUGUCCGGCAUGAAGGAAGACCUCGGCCUCAAUGGCAAUGAGUUCAACAUUAUGGUGGCCGUGUGGACCGUUGGUUACGUGAUCGGUGAGAUACCGAGCAAUAUGCUGCUCACCAAGAUCCGCCCGGGCCUGUGGAUUCCAAUUUGCGAAACCGUGUGGUCUGUCUUGACCAUCUUGCUCGCCAAAUGCACCAACGCCCAGCAAAUUUAUGUGCUUCGGUUCUUCAUUGGCCUGGCCGAGAGCGCGUUCUACCCAGGUAUGCAAUACAUCAUCGGGUCGUGGUAUCGCAAGGACGAGCUGGCAAAGCGAUCCUGCAUCUUCCACGCCUGCGGAGCCAUCGGCACCAUGUUCAGCGGCUACCUCAUGGCCGCAGUGUAUACCCUGAAUUCGGUCCACGGGUACCACGGCUGGCAGUGGCUUUUCAUCAUCAACACAGUCAUCUCCCUACCAAUCUCUAUCGCCAGCUUUUUCUUCAUGCCGGAUGUCCCUGAGAUCACUAAGGCAUGGUGGCUCACGGAAGCCGAGAUCGAGUUGGCCAAGAAGCGGAUGCAGUCCGAGGGCCGUGCCACUCGUGGCAAGUACUCGCGCACCAAGCUCAAGAAGAUCUUCAGCUCGUGGCACAUCUACGCCCUGUGCGCCCUGUACAUCUUCUUCAACAACGGCUCCGGAUACGGCGGACAGCCCGCCUUUGCGCUCUGGCUCAAGUCCAAGGGCUACAGCAUCGCCGCGAUCAACAGCUACCCGACCAUCGCGGCGGCGAUAGCCGUGAUAUUCACCCUCAUCUACGCGUGGACCUCGGACACCAUAUUCAAGGGCGCCCGCUGGCCGCCAAUGGUCUUUGCUGGCACGGUCAACAUCAUCCUCUUCUCCAGUCUUGCAGCCAGGAACGUGCCCGACGGCUGGAAGUGGUUCUGCUACCUUUUCGGCAGCAUCAGCGGCGGCAUCAGUGGACUGACGUUUGCGUGGGCUCACGAGAUCUGCUCCGAAGACAACGAGGAGCGUGCGCUCGUCACCGGCGCGAUGAACGAGAUGGCAUAUGUCUUCCAGGCUUGGCUGCCGCUGCUCGUGUGGCAGGCGACCGAUGGCCCUUAUUACCGCAAGGGCUUCAUCACGGUCACGAUUUUCGCGGCGGGCAUGAUUGGCACGGCGAUGCUUAUUAGAUAUCUGCAUGCCAAGGAGAAGGCGCAGAAGGCGAAGGCGAGGGAGACGGGCGAGGCCUGA